AUGGCUAGUUAUGGACGCGUUGCCCUGUGUUACGAUCCUCUCCAUCGCGAAAGAUGCAUUGGGUUGUUAGACAACGGGCAUCCCUGCCCAUACGACGUCGAUCUACAGUGGCGUGAGAUCGCACAUACACAGCUGCAACUACUUCAAGACAUGACCGACUUGACCGCCAGGGAAUCUUGCCUUAAUUCUAUCACAAAACAUCUGCUAUGUGACUCCCACCGCCGUAUCCUGGUGCGCUCGACGAAACAUAGGUAUGUACCAGAUCCUCCACUGAUUACUGCGAUGGUCAAUAAUGAUGAUUCCAGACACAUAUCACCGAUGAUCCAAAAGAAAAGCCAAUCCAUGGUUCAGGAUGCGCCCUAUCAUCUUCUUCGUCGAGUGGCUGGAGGAAUGAAGAGUCAAUUGGAGGCCACAUAUUGGAACGAACAGAGAUCUUCAUCCUUGGGGGGCUGA